UGCGGAGACGACAGGAGUAAUAUGAGCGGAACAUGGAGUGAGAAAGGGAUGAUAAAGAGUUGAGCUUGGUGCGAGUACGGUGAAACCGCGUGGUAACCACGGAGUGACCGUGGCAAUGUCAUGGAGGGAGCACGGGGCCAUCCGUGGGGCUCAGGCAGUGGUGGAGCACUGCGAGCGAUACGGCUGUUCCCAGGCAGAGCAGCGGCAGCGAGCAUUCCUCGGAGCAGACAGACAGACAGACAGACAGACGGAUGGCACACGAGACAGCGCCGUCACGCCCGGGCUGAUGGAGGUACCCGCAACGGAGAUCUGCCUGGAGACGGGUGAUGCCGCCCAGCCCAGGCACUCCCUGCUCCGGAGCAGCGGCGCGGGCUGCCGGCACCCUUCAUCCUCCUCCGACAGCAGCCAUGGGGAGCGGCCGUGUGGUGGCGGCCGGGGCCGUGCUGGUGGCACUGGUGGCGCUGGGAGCACGGCUGGCCGCUGGCACGCGGCCCUCGGCGUUUUUCCAGUGGAGCGCUACAGUUGAGUGCCACUUCCUCAACGGCACCGAGCGGAUGAGGUUCCUGGUGAGGCACGUCUACAACCGGCAGCAGUACGUGCACUUCGACAGCGAUGUCGGUCUCUUCGUGGCCGACGCGGUGCUGGGAGAGCCUUCUGCUCGGCUCUUCAACAGCCAGCCGGACGUGCUGGAGAAGAACAGGGCUGCGGUGGAAAUGCUCUGCAACUACAACCACGAGAUCGUGGCCCCUCUGACGCUGCAGAAGAGAGAGCCCAAGGUGAGGAUCUGUGCGCUGCAGUCGGGCUCCCAGCCCCAAACCGACCGGCUGGCUUGCUACGUGACGGGCUUCUACCCCCCCGAGAUCGAAGUGAAGUGGUUCCAGAAUGGGCGGGAGGAGACGGAGCGCGUCGUGUCCACGGACGUGAUGCAGAACGGAGACUGGACCUACCAGGUGCUGGUGCUGCUGGAGACCAGCCCACGGCACGGGGACAGCUACGCGUGCCGGGUGGAGCACACCAGCCUGCGGCAGCCCAUCAGCCAGCUCUGGGAGCCGCUGGUGGAUGUGGGCAGGAGCAAGCUGCUGCUGGGCGUCGGGGGCUUUGUGGUGGGGCUCGUCUACCUGGCGCUGGGGCUCUUCCUCUUCCUGCACAGUAAGAAAGUUUCAGGGCACCCCGAUCCAACCACUCCAGGGAUCCUGAACUAGCAGCUGCUGCUCCACCAGCAUGUCCUGCACUCCCCAGCCAGCAGCUGGAGUUUCCCUUUGUGUUGUCACCACGUUCCCUGCUGCCGCUGCACAGCCUGC